GCCCGCCGCCGCCGCCAUUUAGACAUCCCGCCGCGGCAGCCAGCGCCGGGACAGGGUGCGCGGGAGGGCUCGGGUCGCCGCCGUCCUCAUCGUCGCCAUGAGCCGCCUGUCGCAGCUGCUGCUGCUCGUCCUGCUCGUCUUCCCCGCCGCGCUGCUGCUCGGGAGCGCCCGCGGCGGCCCAGGUUUAUUGGUUGCAGCUCAAGAUGCUACAGAAGAUGAGGAAGCUGUGGAAGAUACUAUAGUUGAAGAUGAGGAUGAUGAAGCUGAAGUGGAAGAAGAUGAGCCAACAGACUUGACAGAAGAAAAAGAGGAAGAAGACUUGUCAGGAGAACCUAAAGCCUCACCCAGUGCUGAUACAACCAUCUUAUUUGUGAAAGGCGAAGACUUUCCAGCGAACAACAUUGUAAAAUUUCUGGUGGGCUUCACCAAUAAGGGUACAGAGGAUUUCAUUGUCGAGUCUCUCGAUGCUUCUUUCCGGUACCCUCAAGACUACCAGUUUUACAUCCAGAACUUCACAGCUCUCUCUCUGAACACAGUAGUUCCACCACAGAGACAAGCCACGUUUGAGUACUCCUUCAUCCCUGCUGAGCCUAUGGGUGGUCGUCCUUUCGGUCUGGUUAUCAAUCUCAACUACAGAGAUGCCAGUGGCAACGUUUUUCAAGAUGCUGUCUUCAAUCAAACUGUUACCAUUAUUGAAAAAGAAGAUGGGCUGGAUGGAGAAACGAUCUUCAUGUACAUGUUCCUUGCUGGCCUUGGUCUGCUGGUCAUUGUUGGCCUACAUCAGUUGCUAGAGUCUAGGAAGAGGAAAAGACCGGUACAGAAAGUAGAGAUGGGAACAUCAAAUCAGAACGAUGUUGAUAUGAGCUGGAUUCCCCAAGAAACUUUAAAUCAAAUAAAUAAAGCUUCACCAAGGAGGUUGCCCUACAAGAGGGCACAGAAGAGACCAGUGGGCUCUGAUGAGUAAUGUUAAAUAGUGCAACAGUUGAACCUUUACUAAUUCUGCCUGUUUGGUUUUUUUGGAUUGGAGUAGUGCAGAGAACCCAUACCACCAUAAGGAAAAUACUGCUAAACAUUUGGACUGAACAGAUUAACUGAAUGGUGUUAAUAUUACUGAAAAUGCACUUCUCUUUUAAUUUUGUUUUUUAAAUUGUUGGGGGUUGGGGGAGGUAGCCAUUAAGAGUUGUGCCUGCGUGUGUAAGCGGUUGGUCUUAACAGAAACGUGUUACCUGAAAUGUGCCUUUAGAGUUCUUUGUAAUGCUGGCUUGCCAUCUGUACAUUGUCAUUGAAGGAUUUCUCUCCUCUCCCUAAUCUGAUUGUCUGGUGACUUUAAUCUGUCUUGAUUGUAUCAUAUCUGUAUCAGAACCUGAAUGCAAUUGUUCUUACUCAGCUAUUCUUUACAAGGUGCGCACACUGAAGUUCGUGUGUCCUGUCUCAGUGACCAGGCACUGAUCAUCUCAACUUCUGCAUUAGUCUUCAUUCUAAAGGCACAAUUGGGUAUAGCUGCUUGUAGUGGUAGAUAUUUUGCUGCUGUUUUGAUCUGGGCAUGCAGUGACCUAAAAAUCUGAAUUUAGCUGCAUAGAUGUUAGGAAGACUCUUGCACAGCAGCAGAACUUGUGAAGCAUGGAAUUUGUGUGCUGAAUUGGUAUUACUACAUAAAUUUCUUUUUUAUACCCAAUUUGUUAAAUGGCUAGUUAUUGAAUUGUGCCAGCAUCUUAGGUAUUCAGAUUAUAGUGAUAGUUCUGCAAUGUUUACUCAAGAAACUGUUGAAUAAGCCAGAACAACUUUUCAGUGAGUUCUUGGUUCUCUCUCUUAAGAACUAGAAUGUCAUAUGUAUCAAAAGGCCAAUUUAUUUUUUUUUAAAGCUUUACAAGGAUUUGCUGUACACACUUGAAACUGAAUUUGAAAAACAGUUGGAUUCAAAUAAUUCUUUUCAUUGGCAAGCUAUUUAAUUCACCAUUUACAGUUUUUAAGUCUGAGACAUCUUUACACUGGUCAGUACAUUGGUCUGAGGUUUUUUCACCUACUGUUUCUUAACUAGUAUCACAGACGUGUUUUCAUCACUAGCUGCCUGUUGGUUCAGUAGUCAAGCAGAAAAGCUGUGUACAAAAUCAAAGCAAGAUUUCCUUUUGUGGCUUACAUGAUUACCAGGUGCUGAGGUAUUGAUCCACAUCCACUGUGUCCAGGAAUUGACUGAUAGGGAAAAGAGCUAGUUUGCAGAACAUCAGUUUGCUUGGGCAAGGCUUGGACUGUUUGCAUCUCAGCUGCCUCUCUUCCUAUGUCUGAAUGUUAUCUGAAGGCUUGUUGAGUUCAGGAAGAGGCAUAGAUUUGAGGCCUCUGUUGUCUUCUUUUCCUCCCUUUUCUCAUCCCCACCUGUGAAAAUGCCCUUUUAGUUCCACACUUGGACUUCAGGGACUGAACUUCUGAGCCAGUGAAUGCUGAGUGAUCCUUCCAAAUCCCUGUGUGUUUGAAGCAGCUAGGCUCUGAAUCUACCCGUGCUGGUACUAUUUUGUUACACACCUUGCCAGAAUGUACUGUGUUAUUGACUCAUACUGCUAUGGAGAAGAUGCUUUGUUCAACUUCCUGAAAAUACAGCUAGUCCAGGCAGAAUAUUCUUUGCAGUUAAGGUUGCUUUAAUUGUCAUUCAGAUCCUUUAGGAAACAGUUGAAUGCUGCCCUCAUAAGGAGUAUCUCCACUCAAAUUGUGUGGAACAGCUUUAUUUGACUUUAUUGAUAUAAUCUGACUGGUUCUGUGGUAGAUUUACAGGCUUGUAUUCCAGCUUGCAUUGAUUCAACAGUGUUUAUAGAUUAAAUGCUUCCUGUGCUAAAGCCCCAUAGUGAUUGCAGCACCUGAUGCCCUGAACUUGGAGGGUCCCUCUGUUGGAUUGUCUCUGACCUGGCAUCAAGAGGGGCUUUUUUCACCUUCUUGUAACUGGUCAUCUUGAACUGUAUAUUCUUAAUCUUUCCUGAGAUUUAAAGGUACUCUUUGAGGGGGUGGUGAUGAUACAGUGGUAUGACAGGAAAAAAGACAAAGGAUCAGAACAGAGGAUAUUAAUUUGUAAUAUCCUAGUUUUAUUUCUACAGAUUAGAAGUAUUUGAAGGCAGAGCUCUUGGUUCUGCAAUCAGUGGCUGACUUCCAAAUGCUUAAGCAUGAAGGAAGAGAGAAGGCAGCUUGCACUGGAACCAGCAGUGGGAAAGUCCAGGUGUACCAAGGCUGUUUAUCUGAUGAUACAACUUGGCAUUCACUGUAGAUGGUUCAUAGUGACUUUCUUAGCCAGAAGCAGUUCAUAAGAGCAGGGCCCAGUAGACCACUGUUGCUCAUGAUGAAUGUCAUAACAUUUUUUAAUUACUUGUUUCUCAUUAAUUUGUUGUAGUUGAAAUUUAGCAGUAACAUUCCAGCAUGCAGUGUGGCAACUGAACUUUGGCAUCUCUAGUAUUAUUUCUAGUGAAAAAGCCAGUCUAUUAAACUCAGUUUUCUUAAA